CCGGAACCUUAGAUCUAGGCCGUAUAUAAUCAAGCACGACAUUCAGUACAUUACAAAUCCAUUGACAAUACUUCAAAGAGCCAUUAAGUCAACAAGCCAAUAACUACCUCUCCAUUCUACUCCUCCUCCUCCACAUGAGUUCCAUCGAAUCCCAACAAUAUCUCAAGACCAUCCUCAAGGACAAGACAGACAGUAGCAAGAAAAGUAACAGCAAGACAAACACCAAUACAAUGUCGGGCUCCUUCUACGAAUCAGCCUUCAUCAUCCCUCACAUGCAGGCUUCUGCCAUGCCUCGUAGGCCCCGCCAGCCUGCUCCGGCACCGCGAGCAACUGUCGGCGCCAUGUCUUCAGAGUCAACCCUCGUUGACAAGGAGGGCGUUCCUGUGAUAUCCAAGGAGAAGAACGAAGCCAAUGGCGACAUCUCUGGUAAGCUAUCUCAAUCCCUACAGUCCAUUCUCCAUCGAACCCAUAUCCCAUCAUCCUCGGCCUUAUAUGGUUGACCGGCAACUCGGAACCGCCUGGCUUCCGAAAAUAACAAAGACGGAGAUUGCUAACGUUUUUUCCACAGGUUCGUCGUCAUCGAGCAAGAAUCUACUCAAGCGUCUUUUAAAGAAGGCUUGAUUGUUCCUGCAGAUACGAAAGACCCAUCUGGGCAUACAAUUUAC